GCAAUAUUCGUUCACCUUGAUAAACGCGUGAAGGUCGAAAGGGUGAGCUUGUUCGAAGAGAACCUUGCUGUAGGUUGUGCUACAUCCAAAUAUCAGCUGUUACGAGACAUUCAAACAAAAAUGGCACGCAAAUUCUUCGUUGGCGGUAACUGGAAGAUGAAUGGCACGAAGAGCGAGAUCAAUGAUAUCGUCGCUUUCCUGAAGACCGGCCCGCUCGAUCCGAAUGUCGAAGUGGUAGUUGGAGUCCCUUCGAUAUACCUCACAUAUGUGACCUCCAUCGUUCCCAGCAAUGUUAGUGUCAGUGCACAAAACACGUACAAAGUUUCCAAAGGUGCAUUCACCGGUGAAAUUAGUCCAGCCAUGCUUCUGGAUAACGGCAUCCCCUGGGUGAUCCUCGGUCACUCGGAGCGCAGAAACGUGUUCGGUGAAACGGAUGAGUUAACUGCAGAAAAAGUUGCGCAUGCCUUAGAAGCGGGACUGAAAGUGAUUGCAUGCAUAGGCGAAAAGUUAGAGGAACGGGAAGCAGGAAAAACCGAGGAAGUAGUUUAUAGGCAAACCAAGGCGAUAGCGGACAAGAUUAAAUCUUGGGACAAUGUAGUUCUCGCUUACGAACCAGUAUGGGCAAUUGGUACUGGUAAAACUGCGACGCCGCAGCAGGCGCAAGAGGUCCAUGAGAAAUUGCGCGAAUGGUUAUCAAAGAAUAUCAAUUCCAACGUCUCGCAGAGUCUACGUAUUAUCUACGGCGGUUCCGUGACAGCGGGCAAUGCCAAAGAUUUGGCGAAGGAAAAGGAUAUAGAUGGAUUUUUGGUUGGCGGUGCAUCACUAAAACCGGAUUUUGUACAAAUCGUUAACGCUCGUAGCUAAAAAAUCCUUAGUAACAAGACAGGAGUGUUAUCUUAAUAAACCUAUCAUCGAACAAAAUAUAACAGAUUCAUUCCUAUUUAGGAGUAUGCAGAGACCUGCGUAUUGUUGUUGCAUUCUGUUCGAAUGUAUAAAGCCUGUUUUAACCAAAAAUGUAAUGCUGUAAAGGAAAGUUACAUCCAUAUCUAUCAUAUAUUUUCAAGUUCUAAAGUGAAUACAAUAUAGCUACUUAAUAUUAAAGAUACAUGUUACAUUGUUGUUGAAAUGAAUGACUAGUGUACACAUGACUCAAAUGUAUUUAUGGUGCUGCAAAAUAUUCAUUGCGCAAAAUUAAAAAUCGAAGAUAUCUAUCAACUAUAGUACUAUUAUUAUUAAUAGACCAAUGCCAAAAUAUAAAGGAUUAUCAAUAAAUGUUGAAAGAA